CCAGCAUCCCUCGUCAUCUACGCAUCUUUCUCGUAAGGCCAACAGGUUAACAACUCAUAAAACGGCUCUUGGGACUCCCCGGCUGCUCUAUCUCACCUCACCAUCCCCCCCUCUCUAUUUUAUAGGCCCACAUAGCAACGGCCGUGGCCAUGCUAAGUUCUGACCAGUACGAGGAACAUUAGAAGCCAAUCAGCCAUCUACCUGCCAACCCCUAGAAGCGAAACGUCAGGCCGCCAAGGACAGUGCGAAACCCUUUGGAAUUCCGGGAAUGCCAGGCCCAUCCGUUCAAAUACUUUCCUUUUCAAGUUUGAAGAAGCCCAUCCUUCCUCCAACCUGUGUGGUUUGAGGACACGAUGUAUAUAUACCAAGAACUGCGGCGCCGGCAGACCCCACCACCUCCCGACAAGUCAGGGUCCGGCGUAAGUGUUGGCACGAUAAUCGCAAUCGUCGUAGUCGUCGUAUGUCUUCUAGGCGUAGUACUUGGCUUCUAUCUGCUCCGAAGAUGUCGUCGUAAACACAAGAAUCCAAAAUACGUACCGACUCCUUUCCUGAAAAAGCUAUGGGAGAAAUGGGAGCCAGGGAAAACACGCUAUCGAAUCGCCGAUAGCGAUCAUCUCGAACCUCAAAGGACAGCGGGAUCAACGCAACCGUCCAAUGCCGCCGCUGCUCAGGCUACAACCACUACUGAAGGCGUCGAUAGACAUACCUCAGUGAGAUCUGUUAUGACAUUGCCGGCUUAUCAUCCGAACGCAUUACAGAACGAGCAAGUGUUGGGGAGGGAAGGGGAAAGAGGAGGGAUUGAUGUCGUGAUUGAAUUCCCAGAAGGACCCGAUGAGGAAGAGGAACGCCGCGAAGCUGAAAUGGAGGCUUUAUACCAGGUCCGACUUGCAAGACGAAGAGAGAUUGAAGAACGGGAAGAACGGAGGCGACUCAGGAGAGAGGCGAGAGAGAGGGGCGACCACGUAGCCCUGAGAGAGCUUCAAGCUAGAGCUAGGGGCAAUUCAAACGCAAGCACGGGAAUGAGUGUAGCGGAGGCUAGGGCUGAACACGAACGUAUCAAGAGGGAACGUCAAAGGGCUAUUUCGUCGGUCGCAUAUGCAGCUUUGGGAAUUGCAAGGCACGACGGGACAAGGGUGCGCGCUAAUAGCAAUGAUAGCGAACGUGAUGGACUUCUUGGUGAUGCUGCCGGUAUGGGGAGCAGUUUCCAUCGAAGAGAUCGAAGCUCAAGCUCAAUCCUGAGCAUCGAUACAAUGAACAUCGACCUACCUGGGAGAACAUUGACGCGCUCACGCGCAAAUUCGGCCCGUUCGGAAGCUGCCGAGAGUCCUCUACGAAAUGUUAUCAGUUAUAGCCAACAAGAUGGCAGGUCAAGUCACGAAGGUAGAGCGGGAAGCAGCCCGGAGAUGAUAGACCACGAAGAUAUCCCGCCAAACAGUCCACCGGAAUACGAGCACAUUUCACUGGACACGCCAUCUGGGGAAUAUCACCGAGAAUCACCACCUAGCUACCCGGGUUUGAUAGUGACGACGGAAGAGCCCGCAUCGACUGUCGAAACAGCAACGCCAGCCGUUACAACUCCACCAAGAGACAAUGCUGUAACUGUUGAUUCGGAAGGAAGGAGGACUAGCGCAACGCACGUCGGGCAAUUGGUUUCGGAGAGGAGUCUAAGCAAUGCAAGCACUAGUAGCAGGAGGUCUGCACGUACACCUGUUGGUGAGCAAGGUACCGCCGAAGGUGGGAAAGACAACACUGAAGGUGGCAAGGUCACCACUGAAACUGUGGAAGAUGCCACUGGAGGUGGAAGGGAUACCGCUGAAGGUGUGACAAACACCACUGAAGGCGGGAAGGAUACCUUUAAAACUGUGGAAGAUACCGCCGAAGGUGUCGCAAACACCACUGAAGGCGAGCAAAAAUCCACUAAAAAUGUGGAAGAUACCGCCGAAGGUGUCGCAAACACCAUUGAAGGCGGGAAGGAUACCCCUAAAAAUGUGGAAGAUACCACCGAGGGUGUGACAAACACCACUGAAGGCGAGCAAGAGACCACUAAAAAUGUGGAAGACACCUCCGAAGAUGGAAGAGACAAAGUUGAAGGCAUUGAACACCCCCCGCAGUUGCCAAGCCUUAACCUGCCGUCUCUCCCAUCCAUCCAGGUCGACCCGGGCAGUCCUGCAAGUCGACAUUCGGAUCAUCAUCCAGAGGAAUAGUGUUCCAGAAGAGUGUAUAUAUUGGUAUGAAUGACGAUCUAAAAGGAGGAAUGGCCGAGACGAUUUCAAUGAAUAAUGAUAUUUAGGGGCACAUGCUUUUAUACCCUUAUUAUGCAUUGAGCAUGGCGCUUCUGGUCUGAACUUUCGGGUGUCCUUUUAGCAAAAGUGUAGUAUAGGUAGAUAAUCACGGCAAGGAUAUGCACAAGUCGGAGGAUGUUUGGAUUUCACUUCUCCAGUUGAAUCGGUCAUUCUAGGUUGGAUUCUUCAGAAGUACCUCAUAUUCAUAUAUCUAUCCAGUUACCGAUGACGACUGUUCAUGCUAUUUGUGCAUUAUCUUCAGUUUUACUCGUGUUUAAAUUUUAGCUCAUUAACGAAUCAAUACAAUCAAGUCUACC